UGCCGCCACGCCUGGUGGUGAACCGAUGGCGUGAAAUAAACGCCCCGUGGAGGAGCCCUUUUAAACAUUCACUCUCUCUCUCUCUCUCUCUCUAAUAACAUAUCACACUAAAGAAUAGGAAGAAAUAAAGGGUAUUUUCAUUUCUUAUUUUUUGUUUUGUUGGCCAAAAAAAAAAAAAUGCCUGAAGAAUCCUCCACUGAGCGUCCAUUGUUCGGCGGUGCCAUAUCUGCCACUUUCCCUCUCAGGUUUCAGGACGUGAGUGACAUUCGACAAGUUCCUGAUCAUCAGGAGGUGUUUGUGGACCCCGCCCGUGAUGAGAGUUUGAUCUUUGAGCUGUUGGAAUUGAAGCAUGAAGUUGGUGAUAAUGAAAGUGCUACGUGGUUUCUCCAAGACCUUGCCAAUGAACAAGACGCUGAAGGAAGCGUGGUGAUUGAACAAUCAGGAGUGAUUGAGGCCUCUGGAUUGUGUUAUAGAAACAUACCCGCUGUUGUUACAACUGCAGUAGGCCAAAUGGCCAUCUCCAAGGGGCGGCAAGGAAGGGAAGCACAGAAUCUUGUGAGAGUUUAUGUGGCAAAUUUGCGUCUUAAAGCAGUUAAUACAGAUGUGCUAGUUACUGCAUAUGAGCCCAUUCACAUAAAUCCCUUGAGCGAGAGCGCUAGCGCGGUGGGGGCCGGUUUCACUAUCGCUGCAACGCAAUCUGGGUGUAUGCCAAUGGCCGAGGUCUUUAGACAUGCUGUCUCUACCUUUAAAGUCUGUGACUGGAGCCUUUUUGGUUCUACUGCGUUAUAGAUAUAUCAUGUAGCCAUGUAAAGGAAACGUUAAUAUAGCUGAUCUUAGAUCUUUGAAUUCGUAUCAGAUUUCACUCUCUUGUUAGGGGGGUAAUGUGCUUCAAAUCGAGUUCCCAAA